AUGAUUUCUUCCAAAAACGAGAGCAUUGACGAGAUCAAGAACAAGCUUAUAUGUACAAGGCUAGAAUUGAUAUCAUCAAAAAUGGAAGCGAAUGCUGAGAUAAAGAAAUAUGAAGAAACUGUUAAACAAUUAUACAAACUAUUGAAGAGUGUUUGUCAAGAAAGAGAUGAAGCUAGAAAUCAAGUUCAAUUGCUAAUAAGAAAAUUUCAACCAUCUACAGAAAUUGAUCAUCCAAAGGAACCGUCAUGUGAUUUAUCUUUGUCUAGUCUCCAAUCAAAUGAGAAGAAAGUUUCUUCAAUGUGUUCAUCAAAUACAAGAAUAGUUGAAUCGCGCAACAUGGCUUUACCAAAGCAAAUAAAUCAUCAAAAGAAUCAUGCAACUCUUUGUAACAAAAGUUAUGAUAAGGAAAGUGUUAAUCCAAAUGAGUUUGUUCUAACUUCUUUGAGUUUAGCAUUUCCUGGAAAUUCUAAUGGAAUUACUAAGAUGUCUUGUGGUUCUGGUUCGAGCUCGGGUUCUGGCUUGUUAGUGAAGAAUGAACCAUUAUUAGUGAAGAAUGAACCAAUGUUAUAUAUGGAUUCAAAUGGGAUGCAGAAUCAUACAAUAUCAAGAAAAAAGAGAAAGUUUUUGUGA